AAGGGCACAGAACGGCCUUCGGCCACGAGUCUCCAGAUCGUCCUACAGACACUAUAAUCUGAACUUGAGUGGCUUCCUUCGUACUUCUCACUAUGAUCGCCUUGCGGAUGAUGAUUUUAGCGGUGGUCGGAGCGUUGUUGAUGACUCAGGCUCAUGCCCUUCUCGCUGAACGUGAUGUCUAUCCCUCGGAAUGCCAAGGUUCUUUCAGCGUGCCUGCCUUGAAAGCGGUAAAUGAUCUGUGUCUUCAAUGCGAAAACGAAACUCGGGAUCGCACAACUCUAGGCAAAUGCAAGGCAAACUGCUUCAACAACUCUAUCUUCGCCGGUUGUCUCGAUUUGCUGCAACUGCCAGAAAGCGAAAAAGCUACGUACAUAAAGCAUGUGCGCUUGCUGGGUAAGUAGUCCCACUCCGCCUGCAGUGACCAGACGCUGUUACAAGAUAUCGGAAGGCAGGGCGUGCAGGGACUAACUGUUUGUCAUGAACGAAGCAAUGAAUUGUGUUUACUCUCGCCUAAAAUAAAUGUUUCAGUAAC